GGGCGUGGCACGUGCACUAUAGCGAGCUAGAACCUUCGUUCGCUGCAAGUCUGCAACCAGUUCCUGGCUCGUUCGCUUUCUGCAUCUCUCUCUCUCUCUACACGAUUGAUAGCUGAAGCCUCCACCAUAAUUAGGGUAGAAUAGAAAGGACGAAGAAAAGUGAGGGGGGAUGGGGCAGGCCCUGCGGCGAGCUACAGGGAGGGUGCGGCCUUCCCGGUCCGACCACCCGGCGAGGCCGCCGAUCAAGAACCCCGAGCGGCCGCCGCCGUCGCCGACGGCCGCUGCCCAGGCGAAGCCGCCGGAUGCCCCAACGGUUGGCCAGGAUCGACUCGGUAUCUCCGAUGCAGAGGUUACUGCAAGGGAUAAAGAUUACAAUGGUGCCCUGGAAGAACGAGAUCCAAAAUAUGAUGAAAUGCUUAAGCAGAUGGUUGGGAGAAUCACAUCAAGGCCUGGAGGGAAACUAGAAAUGGGUGAGGCUUUCAUAGUAGAAAGAUACAACAGACCAAUGCCAAAACUUCGGAGUUCAAAAGGAGAAGCUGUGCAAAAACCACUGCCUCCAGGAACUCUAACCAUUGAACAAGUGCGCCAAAUCAUCCUUCUUCAUCAGGGUAAGUCUGACGAGCACCAAGGGCCCAUGGAUGUUAAUGACAUUGCCUGCAAGUUCAGAGUUGAUGCUGCUUACGUUCAGAGAAUAGUGCAGUUCAUGUCAUUGCCCCCGGAAGAUGGUAGUAGAAAAUCUGAACAGUGACUUCAGGUAGAAUGGCUAAUUGUUUCCCAUAUCAUCACAUGCUUUGACUUAUAAUAAACCGGUCAGUCUGUGAUGGAUGCUUUUGUAUCCUUGAAAUAUUGAACAGUUCCAAGGAGCUGAUUUUAUCUGCUCAUGUUUCUAUGUCAUCUUCCAAUCUUUUUAUAGAUGGAAGUGCUGCUAGUUAAUUUUCACAUGCCCUGUAUCAUACGAGUAAUUGGUAUUCAUUCAGAUUUGAGUGGAA